AUGCAUUUGUGGUUUCAGAUGGAUCGAAAACUGUGAUAGAAUCUGUGAAAUCCUAAUCAUCCGAUAAUUAACCCUAUCGAGAGCUGGAUAUCGCGGAUUUUCGCGGGAGUGAGUCUAAGGCACUGCAUCAUUCGCGAUAUGAUCGUUAAUUGGUGCAUGUUCAAUUGGCGUAUUGUUAAAUUUUGUGGUGGUCGUUUGGUGGAUUAUCGUGAUGUGCAUCAAGUGAUGGGUUCAUUUUGUUGAGGAAAAUCGACGGUUUAGGCUGCGUGGGAUCAUGCUGAUUCUUUUAACUGCCGACGGGGCACUUUGGUGAUGUACGACAGCACUAGCUGUUCGUACUCGGGGGCGCUGGACUUGAAGGGUGCAACAGGAACGACUGGAGCAGCAACGGCCUCCGGUGUUUCCAUAUCUGCAGCUGGUGUUAAACAAGAAAACUGGCCGUACCGAGGUCUUGCGUGUGGUAGCACAUUUCAGCAGCUUAAACAGAGCGUUGAAAAAGCUAAACAGGCGCUUGCAGACAGGGGUAACUAUCUGGCCGGUGCUUUUUCACCGCCUCCACGUGCCAAUCCAUCCACCAUUUCACCGAGUUCUACAGCUUCCAUAACUGAUGCCAGCAGUUCGUACAAAGGAGGCUGGAGCCACGCUACGUCCCCUGCUCCUGGUCAGGGUUACGGGAGCGGUCUCUCCAAGUCCGCCCUGGACACCCAUUCCCAUCUCAGGCAGCCCGAUCCAUAUCAGAUGUUUGGCGCGACCAGCAGUAGACUCGCUAGUUCCGGAUCUGGACAGAUACAGCUUUGGCAAUUUUUACUGGAAUUAUUGUCUGACUCGAGUAAUGCUGCGUGCAUUACGUGGGAGGGAACCAACGGUGAAUUUAAGCUGACGGAUCCAGACGAAGUGGCACGACGCUGGGGCGAAAGAAAAUCCAAACCCAAUAUGAAUUACGAUAAAUUGUCAAGGGCCUUAAGGUACUACUACGACAAAAAUAUAAUGACAAAGGUGCAUGGCAAGAGGUACGCGUACAAAUUCGACUUUCAGGGUCUUGCAGCAGCGACUCAACCAGCAGCAGCUGAUCCAGCAGCUUACAAGUACCAGAGUGAGCUGUUCAUGUCGGGUUAUGGUCAUGCCAAGCUCAAUUUAAUGCCACCACCAGCAGCAUCAGUAUCAGUAUCAGUACCAGGUGGACUUUUUCAGUCAGCAUCGAGUUACUGGUCAAGUCCUGGUGCAAAUCUCUACGCGGGACACCACACAGCAUCAGGACACGUGCCACCACAUCUUGGCACUUAUCCCCACUAUGCAUGACCCACCCCUGAGCAUUGGGGCGCACUGGGAACACCACGUUGAGAAUAAAUUCAACAUUCCAUCUAGAUACUCACACAUACCAUCAAGAAACAGUGAAAAAUCAUUGGGGAUUUAUGUCUUUUCUACCACUUUAAUUACCAAGAUAUUUCAAAAUAUUUCCUCAUCAUCCACGGGGCACGGAAAUUGGAACAAAAUACACGGAUACAACUGCUAGGAGUUUAUUAAUCCUUGUGUGUCCUCCCCGAGCAGUGCCAUAAUUGAAUCGUGUGCCAUAUAAAUCAUUUAAAACAUAUUUAACACACAAAUUUUGACUGUCUGUGUUUCCCAGAGUUUUAUCACCAAAGACAAUAUCUCCAGAGAUAAAAGUUCAAUGGAAUAACUCGAGUGAUUUAAAAUGUCCCGAUCAAUCACUCAGGGGGCAUUUGUAAAUAAAUUAUUAUUAUAAUUGCUCCGGUGAAUGGCCAUUUUUUUUUCUGUUCUAUUGAGCUUUAUUCAAUCGUUCUAAUGAUCAUGAGUAAUUAUUUCAUCGAUUAUAAAUAAUGUGUGUAUUAUAAACUCUGUUUUAUUAAGUUAUUUGUUGUGAAUCACUGAUAUGUAUGAAAGUAAAUAUCUACUGACUGAAUGUUUGUGCAUGGCUCUCGUAGGCAGUUUCCGGUUUCCUCAAAAGUCGAGAAAACAUUCCUGGAGAAUAGAAAUAAAAUGGGACAAUAGCUGUUUGUUGUCUACCCUGAAUUGUCACUGAUUGUCCAUCCAUUAUUGUACAUCAAACGUCUGGUUGAUAAUCAGAGAGAUUUCAGGUAUUGUCCUACCGUCUUUUAGGACUUUCACUACUAAUCCAUCGUGGAUUGUAAUAAUAAACAAUUGUAUAUAAUGAAUGACGUGAAUACGAUCCUAAGUUAACCAUUUGGAUUUUUAUAAAAAUAACGAAUUUCAAUUGAUUUUAGUCAGCGAAUCGUGAAGGAAUAUAUUAAUACUCAGUUCUGAUUGAUCGAUCAUUGCAGGAACAUUCGAAUUAUAAAUAAUGCGUGUAUUAUACGAGGUACUUUCAAAUUAAUUGUUAUGUAUUUAUAGUGGAAAAUUGAAUGACAGAAAUGGUGGGGGUGAGGUACGAUGAGUUAAUUGUACAAUUAAUUUGCUCAGCAUUCGAUGAAUAUUUGUAUUAUUUGAAGGAUCUGGUGAUUAAUCGGAGAGGGGUAUUAUCUUUAAUAUUGUUAUUUUGUUCUUGAAUAUUUUAUUAUCGUUUGAAUUUGUAAUAGUUCGGGGUAUCACAGCUGAAAAAUCUAAGUUUAUUAUUAAAUGAUAAGGUGCAAGGCAGAUUUGUAAAUAUAAUAUCAUCUGCCGUGUCCUUGAUCCCCCUCACCCCAAGCAUAAUCAGAUGAAUAAAUAAUAAAUCUAAAAUUGUACCUCUGUCAACCAGCCCUAGACCUAAAUACAGCGUAAUGUAUCAUAAUAAAUGAAAAUAAGAUUUAAUAUCCUAAGAGCAUUCAGAAGACAUAAGAUCGUAAAAAUAGUGCCGUACGACAGAUUAAAUGUAGAUAGAGUGUUUUCAUGUGUAGUUUAUGCGAACAUAGGAUGGGCAUCUAGUCUUAACAAUAAACAUUAAUUAUGAGAAACGAACGAGAUCGUCAUCAACAGCAGAAUUUAAACAAAUGUUAUUUUAAUCAAGAGAGAUUAGUGGUGGGUGAAUCAUAAUUAAUCGAUAAAUCGAUAUUUCUGCGAGAGUGAAGAAACUCUUGUGCACUGAGAGAAAAAAUUUCUUUUCCCAAGAAUAUUUACUAACCACAAGAAAAUAUAUUUGGCAUUAUGAAAUCUUAUAGCAGUAUCUACACAGUGAUUGCCAGAUUUACUGGUGGGGAGAAAAUAAAAUGAAUUUGACGGUAGAAAUUUAUUUUCUCAGUGUUGAUAAAUAAAAAAAAAACAAAAAAACCUUCAAGAAAUCUUCUGGAUAAAAAACGGUGAAUACCAUUGUUGUUUUCUGUGUUGUGCGCUUGUAUUAAAGUCGCCAUGUUUCUAAUUAAACGAGCCGACGGGGUUGUAUCAGUCGUCGGCAAAAUCAAUGUGCCCUCAGAGUGUGCGCGUGUGUGUACAAUUGAAAAGCUCUCGUAUACUUGUUUUAUCUUCCUCAGUUACUUUACUAACUGGCGUUGAACAGGAUUGGAGCGGGUGUACCGUAAUAGUUGGUGAUGGUAUUGGGUGGAAUAUUCAGUGUUCGAAACCGCGGUUAGCGAAAAGAAAAAAAAAAGGGUGUGUAGGGAUUGGGUGGGGGAUGAAAAAAAGUGAAAUUUUCAGGCUCUCCUCACCCUCGGUACGAGGGAUGACAGUAACAGUAGUUGGAUCAUGGGAUUGGAUGUGAGGAGUGGGAGUGAGAGAGAAAUAAUGGAUGAGGGGAUUGAGGGGAUUGAGGGGAAGAGGUCAGUCUCGUCGGCGGUUGGCGAAUUGGGUUGGGUUGCCAUGGAGAAGAGGUGGCACCAGGUUGGGAGGGAUGAAGCGGCGGGUUGUUGUCGUGCAUUCAGCAGGGCGGGACCCAGCGGGAAACCUCCAUUCGGGAAAUUCGCGGCCCCUGAGAAAGCUUUAAGCCAUCCCAGUUACACUUGCCAACAAACCGUAUACCAGGCUAAUCGAUUCUCCUACCAAUCGGGACACGAGGGUGCUGUUCCUUCCGCCCUCUCUAUCUCACCCCCUUUUUCUACCACCUCUUCUCCUCUUACUUCCCCCUCACUCUCCCCUCAGA